UGCAGUCCGAGAGUAACAUUGGCUGGGUACAGUAUCCCACAUCCUUCCCUUGAAUGUGUCAAUGUCCGUGUCCAGACAACCGGUGAUCCAGCUAGGGAGGUUUUGAAAGAUGCAUGUCAAGAGCUCAUGCUCAUGAACAGACAUGUGAGGAGUGUCUUUCACAAGGCGGUUUCAGAGUUUAAGGAAGAACAUGCACGUUUGAAGGCUGAAGAAGAAGAACUUAAGAAGCAGAGGGAUCUACUUGAGUCCAUGGACUUUGAAAGCAACUAAUGUCUUAAGAACUCCAUGGAGUUGGUCUUGUCUGCCUUGUCUUAAAUCCAGAUUUUUCAUGAUAAAAAUAAGCUACAAAUUAUUCUAAUUAGUGAUUAAUGAGCAAAGAACAAAUGUAUUAGCAAGAUGUUUAAAG